AUGAAAGCAAUAACUAUCUUUCUCUGGACUUGUAUGUGGACAGAUACAUUGGGAACGAUAAGUGAACGUGAUGAAGAAAUUUAUAUGCUUCUCGAUAAAUAUGGGUAUAUCGAACGAGAAACUAAUGCGAGUCAAAGUGAUUUAAAUGCGGACCAACAAAGCUUAUUGAAUGAAGGUAUAUCUCGGUUUCAAAAAUCAUUUAAUCUUCCAGUGACCGAUAAAAUAGACUUUAGAACCGUAGAUUUACUUGGUAAGCCUAGAUGUGGUAAUGAGGAUUCUUUCGACUUGCUGAAAUCAGAUGCUCAAAACCGAAAAUGGAGUUCAUUAAAUAUUAAAUGGGGCAUAUACCGUGAUCAUCAUCCAAACGGUCUUACCGCGAUUGUGCAAAAAGCGUUUAAUGUUUGGUCUAAACACGUAAAUUUACAUUUUAGGAGAGUAAUAUCAGACGCUAACAUUUUGAUCGCUUUUAAAUCGGGGAAACAUGAACUUAUUAGAAAUGAUAAAGCAUCAUGUUUACGCUUCGCUGGUAUGGGAGGAAUUCUUGCGCACGCCGAUUAUCCUGACAUUAACAAAAACACAGUUGAAAUUCAUUUAGAUAAAGAUGAGAAUUGGGAUUUAACUACUACCACAUUGUCAGGCAAAACUAAUCUACUCCUAGUUCUGGUACAUGAAAUAGGACACGCAUUAGGAUUAGAUCAUAAUAAUGAGUUUGAUUCUAUCAUGUUUCCCAGUUAUGGAUUCCUUCAUAUUGAAAAUUUUACAUUAAGUCAGAAUGACAUUCAUGCGAUACAGAAAAUUUAUGGGAAUUCAACUUACACACAUAAAGUAUCUACUACUACUACGUCAAAACCUACACCCAAAAUUGAAACCACAACGUUAAAAUCUACGUCUAAAAUUGAAACUACAUCCCAUGAAACUAUAGCUCCCUUCACCUUAUCUCACAUCUGUGAUAUUGAUGACAAGUUUUCAGGAUUCUUAAUAUAUAAAAAAAUAAUUUAUAUACUUUAUAAACAAUGGGUUUGGUCAAUUGAUUUAAAAUCUAAAAUGCCAGUUCGUUCUACACCUAUAAACAUAAUUGAUUGGUUAAAACCUUUGAGAGGUGUUUUAGAAGCUACGAAUUAUAAUUAUAAGGUUGAAAUACAAGAUGGGUACCAUCUGAUAUCGCCAAUUCCUUCACUUUAA